AUGACGGUACGAGGAAUAAGGGCCAUAACCCAGGCGCAGAACGGCGUCGGAGCGUUCAUCCUGCAAUGCAAGCGAUUGGACUUCACUUAUUGCGACUGGGCAGGCAGCUCUAAAGGCAUGCUCACCUUCCUGAAAGAAGAACUCCCGGCCUUUGCCAAAGCAAAUCCGCAGAUCGAAAUCCGCGUCUCCCCCCGACCUCAAAAACACCCAGUCAUCAAGGGACACUACAUCAACGGCCGUAUCAAGGCUGUUUGCGUCCGCAAUUUUAAGUCCGAGGAUAUUCUACAGAAAGUCAAGUACCUCCGAGAAGCCAGCGGCGAAAAGGUCAAGAGACAGAUGAAGCCGGUGACGAGUCUCAACGAGAGUGUCAGAGGUAUAUGGUCACCAUAUCACGGCGACCUUAAGGUGGUUUGA